UUCCAAACAGUGACGUCGAUGUCAUUUUCUAAAAGCCUCAUCCCUGCAGGAACUUAGAAGUGUCACUUAGAUUGACUGCGGUAUUACAAAGUCAACCGAACUCACAUUACCUCGAACUCACUUCACUUCGACAGCCACAACACACUACUAGUAAGUAAGGAGGAGUAGAAUUGUGUCCCUCUCAAUGUAGUUCCUACGGUCACAAGAUGAUCUAGCAGACUAGCACUCAUCGAUUCACUGAUCACGGUGGCCAACGAAUCGGGUUCUGUUAUGACUCAAGAAAGCGACCGUAGCGGGCUCUGCCGCGAGCGGCCCUGCGCGUUGUGACGCCGCACACAUGAUAUAUCAGCCAGUAGCAAUUCAGGGCAAUACGCGGAGGAUUAAUCACCAUAUGGUUUUACUACACACCCAGCAAAUAAUCAAGUACCUUCGAGUUGCACCUGCUGCUGUUUGGGCACUCGAUUAUUGUUUGACCCUUGAACAUGAAGUCCGUCUGUUCAGCAGCACGGGUCGUUGGAACAUUGCGACUGUUAUGUUCAUCGUAGCUAGAUAUGUUCCGAUAGCAUGGAUUGUCAGCGAGAUAUACGUCACUCUUGGGCCACAAUCACUGCAAAUGUGCUUGACUACAUACCGGACUGCUGGAGCAUCCCUUCUUCUCAUCAUGUUGGCCACUGAAGGCCUGCUUCUCAUGCGAACACUUGCCUUAUGGCACAACAAUAGGAAGAUAAAGCGGUUUUUAUUGGCAAGCUACUUGGUUACUGCCAUCUCCACAGUCACUUGCGGUGCGAUGACGGCUCCUCUGCUCGAAAGUGCAUGUGUGCCCACAUCAAGUCAAAACGAUCUAGACACCGUCACGAGACUGGAACGCCUAGUAAUGGGAGGGUUUAUCAGCACAGCGUUGUUUGAGCUCACGGUGGCCACUAUUACAGCGUAUCAUUCAAUGCAAUUAUGCUCUGACGAGAUGAACACCCUCUAUAAACUGACAUCGACCUUAUCGAAGGGGAAUUUGAUGUAUACGCUGUCGCUUUUUGCAAUCUCUAUUGCAAACAUUAUUUCUUUUUCGUUGCCGGUGCAGGUCUCAGGCGGGCAGGAUGGCAUCAUCGACGUGUUUCAAGGUGUCCUUCAUGGUGUUAUAGCUUCACGUAUUCUUUUUGAUCUGCGCGAUGCGGACCAGAGUAAAAAUGAUAGCUUUUGCCUUUCUGAUUUGCAGUUUGUACCGCACACAAUACCCACGGCUACCCAAAGCAAUGCUUAAAACCUUUCGGCAACGCAGGAGGAGUAGUGCCCCUGGUGGCAUUACGCCCAGCGUCAUCAUGCGUAAACGUCUUGGAGGGGGGAACUGAUAGGCUGGUUGUUGUCGAGGUUCCAU